AUGGGUGAUACGGCUGUCGUUACGGGGGUGAGGGGGGAGGUGCUGCUCGCUUCUUCAGUAGCGAGCGCUAAACCUUUAGGCGGAGAUGAGGGGGGUGGAGGGGAGAGGAGUGGAAGGGGGGAAAAGAGGAAGCGUGGAGAUAAGCAGGGUAGGGAGGAGUUGAUGGAACUGGGACUGCUGGUGCCGAAUAUCGAGCUCAACACGGGAUGUUCGCCUGACUAUCUCCCUGGAGGACCGCCAAGCGGAGCGGCACAGGUGUUGAGUCAGAGGCUCUUGACAGGGCUACAUGUCACAGAUCUAGUUGACAUCGACGAUUUGAGGAUAUGGGGCGCAUCGUCGGAUAUAGAAGACGAGGGGGACAGAGAGGGAGAAGGCAUGGAUAUAGACACCGAAGACGGCGGCGUCACGCUAGCACCAGGAGCGACCCCAGAAGACGAAAAAACAGAAGGAAGAAGGAAAGAACUAAAAGCGUUCUGGACCCUCUACAUCGACGUCCUCCUCCUCUCCCUCGACCACGGCCCCCAAGGCGCCUUCGACGCAAUCUGGCUCAGCGUGAUCGCCGCCCUCAAAGACACUGUAUUUCCGAAAGCAUGGUGGGAUGCCGACCAAGAAGCCGUACUCUGCGACCCAGACUUUGAGCAAGGGACAAAGCUGGUGUUGAGGGAGGAUACACCCGUUGCGUUGACGUGUGGGGUUUUUCAUGCGGAUAGAGGAUUAGGGCGAUAUGCUGGUGGGCAGGAAAAGGGGGAGAGGUGGCUGCUGAGCGAUUUGGAUGCGUUUGAGGAGGAGCUUUGUGCUGAGGCUAUGCGUAUUCCGGGAGCUGACCCACACAUGGCCGACCGCAAAGCACUACAAAAUACAGCAUUACGUCUCUUGGCGAACAAGAUGGGCGGAGGCCUAGAACGAACGACUCAAGCCUCCGCUUACAACCAUGAGGCGCAUGGCAAGAGCGCAUGA